AUGCCAGUAAAAGCAAUAGCGACGAAAUCAAUAUCGAGAAACGGAGUGGGAGCAUUUGUACAUCCAUGUCAUAAACUAACGCUACAAUAUUGUAAUUGGGGAGGAUCAUCACAAGGUUUAAGACAAUUAUUAACAAAUGGACAAAUAAAUAAAAUAGCAGAAUCAAUACCACAAACAACUUUUGAAAUCUUAAAAAGACAAGGACAUCCCAAAUUGAUUUUUCAUUAUAAUAAUUCCAAGGCUCAAGAGGUUGAUAUAAAAAAUUUAAAAACUAAUGACAUUGUAAAUAAAAUUAAUGAAUAUAUUCAAAGAUCUGGUAAUGAUUUAUUUAAAUGUAAUCAUAAAGUUGUAUCUGAAAAUGAUUCUGUUAGAGGUAUAUGGUCACCAUUACACGCUCCUAAAGGACAUAGAUAUAAUAUAUAA